GUUAAACCCUAGCUGCUAUAUCCCUUCCCUCCCAUCUUCGCGCCUCCUCCUCUCCCUCUUAGCAGUUCAGAAGCGCCGCCCCGCCGUCCCUCCGCCGCCGCCACCCUUCCGUCUCCACCGUUCUUCUGCCCUAUCUGGUCUCAGGGUGGGAGCUCAGGACAAUUAAAAAAUGCAGUCGAUUGAAGUCUCCACUUCCAUGGAAGUGGAAGCAGUUUCAACUGAAUCGAAAGCUGUAGUUGGCGCCUUGCCACCGAAACCACAGUUUGAUCCUCUAAAGCCUCAUGAGAUGAAUGAUGGUCGAGUUCAGUUCCGAAAGGUCUCAGUUCCUCCUCACCGCUAUUCUCCUCUCAAGAAAUCAUGGAUGGAGAUUUACACCCCAGUAUAUGAGCAGAUGAAAAUCGAUAUCCGAAUGAAUCUCAAGGCCCGUAAAGUCGAACUGAAAACCAGAGCAGACACACCUGACAUCAGUAACUUGCAAAAGUGUGCAGAUUUUGUUCAUGCCUUCAUGCUCGGUUUCGAUGUGAUCGAUGCCAUUGCGCUCUUACGGGUGGACGAACUCUAUGUCGAAUCUUUUGAGAUCAAAGAUGUUAAAACUCUCCGAGGCGAGCACUUAUCCCGUGCCAUAGGUAGACUGUCUGGUAAAGCUGGUAAGACAAAGUUUGCCAUCGAAAAUGCUACAAAGACGAGGAUAGUUAUUGCAGACACCAAGAUUCACAUACUAGGAUCGUUUGCAAACAUCAAGAUUGCAAGGGAUUCUCUUUGCAGCCUCAUUUUAGGUUCCCCUGCAGGAAAAGUUUAUUCAAAACUUAGAGCAGUUACAGCCAGAUUGGCAGAAAGGUUUUGAUCUUUUAUGAUUAUAGUACCUUUUUCUGAGUUUCUCUUGAUAAAUGAUUUUGCAUACUAGUUAUUUUGAGGAGAAGAGUGUAUAACUUUGUCGAAAAGUUGUCUGAGAUACCGAUUAUUAAUCAAUCUGUCUUCACAAAAUGGGGUAUCGGGUAUUGUUUUCGGUAGUCGAUUGGGAUUGUAUGCUCGAUAUCCAUUUGGGUAUUGUUUUAAAGUGUGUUAUGAUUUUGCUUCAUUCUAAGGGAGGCUUGUAAGGAAAGAGUUGAGUUAGAUUUAUCAUUAGUCAAUUUGUUUUGUUGCUUGAAAUUCAAAAAAUCCCAUAUGCUUCAAUGGGUUUGUUA